CCUCCCAGCCAAGAGACACACAAAGAGGAUUUUAAACUUUCAACGACCCAAAAACAACUACAAAAUAGAAAUGGCCAAGAUCCUGAUUGGAAUUGUUGCAGUGCUGGCUUGCUUUGUCAUGGCUGAGUCUCUGGACUGCAACAAAUGCAUCGCUAGUCUCUUCGGAUUUUGCUUCGGCUCUGACAAUGUCACAUGCGCAGCCAAUCAGACCUGCUACACAGCCACAGCUACCUUCCCCUCCGUCUCAAGCUUCAGGGGCAUCAGCCAACAGGGCUGCAUUAUCAACACCACCUGCACCAACGGCAGCGACGUCAGAAACGGGAGUCUCCCCGUGAUCGGCACAACCUACACCGUCAACACGAUGUGUUGCAACACUGACAGGUGCAACCCAGUCAACACGAGCGGAGCCACCUCUGUCACCAUGAGCCUGUCUGUACUCAGUGUCGCCGCCCUGUGUGCCAUGUGGGGAAGCUACAUGUAAUGGGCCUGUCUCUCUGCUAGACCUGUCAUGAUAACUGAAUAAGUCAAUUGGGAAGAAGAUCUAGAUAAAUGAUAACAUUGAAACAAAUUUAUGCCACUGAAAAAACACUAAAGCAAAGAACUAUUCUAAUUGUGUCAGUCAUGGGCUAUAGAAGCUAUAUAUUCAACUUUUUUCAGCUCAAAUCUCAUCAUAGUACAGAAGAAUAACAAAAAGUAAAUACUGACCCCAAAAUGAUAAUUAUCAUGACAGGCCCACUUCCUAUGCACAGUAAUAUCUGACCAAAGCUGCUCUUUACUAUUGUGUCUAUGGUUAUUGAUAUAGUCGAUCCAAAACACUACUGCCCCAUGUGGUGACUGUAUGUAGCUGUGACAUAGGUCUGUGACUCUUGUUUCGUUUAAACCAUGUUGAAGUCUCAGGUUUGUGGAAGUCGACAAUGGAGCGUUUCAGGGAAAUGCUGAGCUGUAAAUCUUCCAUUACUUUUUUUUAUUUAUCCUUUUCACUCUGUCUGAAUGUGUUUUUCAAUGUGAAUGAAAUAAAUACAAAUUAUCUAUCUGUAAA